AUGUCGCUAGCUAAGGGUAAGGACUUAGCUCCAGAAUCGUUGUACUUGUUCAACUUGCAACCCAAGAUUUCCGACUCCUUGGAGUUAAUAUACUUCGACUCUUCUAUCACUGAGGUGAGUGCAGAACAAGUUCCAAGUAGAUCGAUUUCACCAGCUCCAGCACCUGCGAAACCUUUAGAUGGGAGUAGCUCAGUUUGCACUGUUUGUAAGAUUGGACCAUUCGGCAAUCUUGAUGAAAGAAAGGCCCACUACAAGACCGAUUUACACAGAUUCAACCUUAAGAGGUCCUUGCAGAACCAGGAACCCCUCUCAGAAGAGGCUUUUGAUAAGUUGGUUGAAGAGCAGUCCAUCGAAAGUUUGUCCGGAUCUGAAAGUGAGGAUGACGAUGACGAAGAUGAGGACAAGGACAACGAUGGAACCAGAAAUUUGGAUAAUAUUAUGGAGAAAUUGAAUGUUAGGGAUAGCCAUGACAGUGACGAGAAUACUGUAAGUCACUUGAACACCAAGUCCGCCUAUGUGUACUUCAAGUCUCCCUCAAUCUUGGGACAAGACAGCGCAAAAGUUUUCGGUGUUUAUAAAUGUCUUUUUAGUCCGGAGCAGCUUUUAAAUGUACCCGUUGAAACUCUCCAUAACUUUAGUAAAGAACCUAUUAAAUCAAAGAAGUCUGCCAUGUUUAUGCUUGGAGGUGGCCACUUCGCUGGUGCUAUUGUGUCUCAUGUAGCUAAGAACACUAGAGGAAAUCCAAUUAACACUAAGGAGACUACCAAGCAAGAACAAGCGGUGAACAUUCUAGUUUCUAAGACUUUCCAUAGAUACACUACCAGAAGAAAGCAAGGGGGUGCUCAAAGCGCUAGCGACAAUGCUAGGGGCAAGGCAAACUCUGCUGGUUCAACUAUACGUCGUUACAACGAACAGGCUCUCAUUCAGGAAAUCAGAGAAUUGUUGAGAUCAUGGAGGAAUGAAUUGUCAGGCUGUGAGUUUAUAUUCAUUCGUGCCAACGGUCCGGCUCAAAGAAAGAUAUUGAUCGGAUAUGAAGGCUGUGAGUUAAACACAGACGACCCAAGAUUGAGGACUUUCCCUUUUACUACAAAGAGAGCAACUGCAUCAGAAUUGAAGAGAGCUUGGGCAGAAUUGUCUUAUUUGAAGGUGUUAGAUAUCCCAAAGGAAGAUUCUAAGCUUAAGAAGAAGUUACAGCAACAGAAAGAACAAAUAAAGAAUUCAAUAAUACAGAAAAAGCAAGCUAAAGUUGAACUUUCCCCAGAGGAACUACACAGUACCGAGUUAAUCAAUUUAUUGAAGAAAUCAAAAGCACCCCUUUUAAUAAAUUACAUCAAGAAGAAUAACCUAUCCCCAAACAUGAGUCUAGAGCCUAAAAGUCAACAUAUUCAUGCACCCACCUUACUUCACUAUGCUUCCUCGCAUGGUCUUUCGCAUAUGGUUCAAAUCCUUCUUAUCAACUUAAAAGCGGAUCCAUUGCUAAAGAAUGAUUCUCAUAGGAGCGCAGUUGAAUUGGCAGCCAACCCUACCACCCGAAAAGCUUUCCAGAUCGCAAGGAAUUCACUUGGUGAAGAUUAUUGUGACUGGGAUACUGCCAAGGUCGGUCCUCCCAAGACUAAGGAUGAAAUACAACAGGAAGAGAAAGAAGAACAAGAGCAAAUCAGUAAAGAGAAGAAGCGUUUGAUAGAAGUUGAAUUAGCUAAAAAGACGGAAUUAGAAUUGAAAAUCCCAAGGAUUUCAGGAGGUGGAGUGUUAGGUGGUAGUAAUGGAAAUGUUUCAAUGAAUGCUAACUUAAGUGGGUUAUCUGAUCAACAGAAGAUGAGAUUGAUGAGAGAGCAGAGGGCAAGAGCAGCUGAAGCUAGAUUCAAAAGUCCAAGCUAA